AUGCCUUCAGCUUUCCCCGUCAUCCGAAAAAACCUCGCAACCUUCGAGUAUCUCAUGACCAGGCCUGUCCCAGAAAAGCAGCUCAACCACAUAGAUGGUGUUACACCCCCAGGGCCUCGGACGAAUUUGCAAUGCACAGACUCUGUUGCCUUUUCUUUCAUGCGCCUCAAGCCUCCUCUGUCUAGACGUGUGCCCCUCUCUGAAGAGGACGAGGAAAUGAUACAAAGAAGGAUAGAGAAUGAUAUGGAGGGCAAAUUUGAGGCCUCAUGA